UCCGUUCGCCAGCGGUACAAAACAUACCAUAACAGCAUAGCAGUAUAGCUUACUGCGCCUCUUUAUUGUGUCAAUUUACCUUAAGUCUAAAUUGUUAACACUAAAAAUAGGUUAGUCCGACAUUUAACUUUUCGACAAGCCAAUAAGAAAGCGACAGUUUAUUCAUUUAGUCAGCGUUUCAACUUAACGUUUGCAUUUGGCAGAAAUAGUGGGCGCGUCGGCUACAGCUAACAUUAGCUAGCUACUUGCAAGCAAGGCCUGAAACGGUACCAACAAGCGACAGCCAGCUAAACUUAAACAUUAAAAAAUUGCUUUUCUUUUUGUAUAACUGUGUUUCCUCAAAAUGAGAGGUUCAUACGGAGACAGAGAUAGAGACCGUGGCCGUGACAGAGGCAGCCCUCGUUUCGGGUCUAGCAGAGGCGGUCCACCACCUGGCAGAAAGUUUGGGAACCCCGGGGAGCGUUUACGGAAGAAGAGGUGGGACCUGGAUGAGCUUCCCAAAUUUGAGAAGAACUUUUAUAGUGAACAUCCGGAAGUGCAGCGAUUGAGCCAGUAUGAUGUUGAGGAGUAUUGCAGGAAGAAAGAAAUCACUGUUCGUGGGACAGGCUGCCCAAAGCCUGUCACCAACUUCCAUCAGGCACAGUUUCCCCAAUAUGUAAUGGAUGUACUGAUGCAGCAGAAUUUCAAGGAGCCCACAGCCAUUCAGGCACAAGGUUUCCCUCUGGCCCUCAGUGGUAGAGACAUGGUGGGAAUUGCUCAGACUGGCUCUGGGAAAACCUUAUCGUACCUCCUUCCUGCCAUUGUGCACAUCAAUCAUCAACCUUAUUUGGAGCGUGGAGAUGGACCCAUUUGCUUGGUUCUGGCCCCCACAAGAGAACUGGCACAGCAGGUCCAGCAGGUGGCAUACGACUAUGGGAAGUCAUCCCGCAUCAAAAGCACUUGUGUGUAUGGGGGUGCUCCCAAGGGACCUCAAAUCAGAGACCUGGAGAGAGGUGUUGAGAUCUGCAUUGCCACCCCGGGUCGUCUGAUUGACUUCCUUGAGGCUGGAAAGACUAACCUACGACGCUGCACUUACUUGGUUCUGGAUGAAGCUGACCGGAUGCUGGAUAUGGGUUUUGAACCACAAAUUCGCAAGAUUGUGGACCAGAUCAGGCCCGACAGACAGACCCUGAUGUGGAGCGCUACCUGGCCUAAAGAGGUUCGCCAGCUGGCAGAGGACUUUCUGAAAGACUAUGUCCAAAUCAAUGUUGGAGCACUGGAGCUCAGCGCCAACCACAACAUUCUUCAGAUAGUGGAUGUCUGUAUGGAGAGUGAGAAGGAUCACAAGUUGAUCCAGCUGAUGGAGGAGAUCAUGGCUGAGAAAGAGAACAAGACCAUCAUCUUUGUGGAGACCAAGAAACGAUGUGACGAUCUAACACGCAGGAUGAGACGUGAUGGGUGGCCAGCGAUGUGUAUUCAUGGUGACAAAAGCCAGCCCGAGAGAGACUGGGUGUUAACAGAAUUCCGUAGCGGCAAAGCUCCAAUCCUCAUCGCUACUGACGUGGCCUCGCGUGGUUUGGAUGUGGAGGACGUCAAGUUCGUCAUCAACUAUGACUACCCCAAUUCAUCUGAGGACUACAUCCAUCGGAUCGGUCGUACGGCCCGCAGCACCAACAAAGGCACCGCCUACACCUUCUUCACUCCGGGGAACCUCCGCCAGGCCCGCGAGCUGAUCCGGGUGCUGGAGGAGGCCCGACAGGCCAUCAAUCCCAAACUGCUGCAACUGGUUGAUACUGGGCGUGGAGGAGGCGGUGGAGGUGGCCGUCCUCGUUUUCGUGGCGGCUCCAAUGCUAACAACCCCAACCUGAUGUACCAGGAUGAGUGUGACAGACGUAUGCGUUCUGUGGGUGGGGGCAGCAGUGGCAAGGACAACCGCAGCAGCAGUAGCAGCAGCUACAGCCGCGACAGCAGAGACGGCCGCAGAGGAAGCAGUCGGGACGGGGACCGCUCCUCCUCAUCCUCCUCGUCUUACAGAGAUCGUAGCAGCAGGGACGGAGGACGCAGCUACGGCUCCAGCUCCAGCUCCAACUCAUACGACCAGUACCAGAACAACAACAGCAGCAGCAGCAGCAGUCAGUACAGCAGCUCCAGGGGCAGCUCCGGGUCGGUGGGCGGUGGAGGAGCGGGGCCGGCCCCGCCUUCUUCAUCAGGCCCCCAGCCUCUGAUGGCCAAGCAGUUCAACCCUCCCCAGCCCAUGAUGGGCCUGAUGGGACACUCGCCAUUCCAGUUUGCUCCUCCAGCACCACCCCCUCCAUCAGGCAGAAAGUAAUGUGAUCUGCCACACAAAACACACACGACACCCAGAGUCUCAAAAUAAUGACAUCAUUUAGACUGGCUCCUGGUUUGGCUCCCAGUUUUAAUUAAAGUGGUCUUUUUCUUUGAAGUCAAAUUGAUCAGCAUUCAUUGUUUAGAGUGACAGAAGCUUAUCUGUGUCAUUUUACUAACUUUGUAAUGAAAGGUCUUGAAACAAAAUCAUUUUGUACCAACAUGCUGUUUUUGUAUGGUGAGCUGCUACAUAGGGCUGCUGGAGUAUCUGAUUUUCCCCUUUAGGUGUAUCGAAGGUAGGUGCUGAUUCUUGUAUAUAGGCUUGUUUCGGUUUUAAGUUCAAUAUCUUUAUUUUUGUGUUUAAAAGCUUGCAAGCCACAAAACUAGUUUGAAUUGAUUAAAGAAAGACUUGAAUAUCCUGGUGCAGAGUUACGGUUAAUAACUUUUUAUUUCAUAGAAUGCCCUGUAACAUUUUCUUUGAAGUUAAUUUUUAUGAUUUUAUCACAUAUAUAUAUUAUUUAAGGCCUUAUAGAGGCAACUCUGCAGGGGCUUUGUGUAGGCAUGGUGGUUCAAAGUCAUGAAUUCUUUUCUUUCAUAUUUGUGUUAACUGUAACUCCACCAUAGAUUACCUUAUUCAGUUAAUAACCUGUGUGGGUCUUUGCAGCAGUAAUGAUUGAUAACUUCCUAGAAAAUAGCAAGUCCAUUUUUUUUUACAGUUUAAUAAAGGUCCUUAAUGUA